AUGUACACACUAGCAUACACUCGCUGUGACAUCUGCGUGAUACACUACGCCCACUCCCAGAAGCUCAGGCUGUACGCGCGGCAAAGUUUCGGCAACCACCGAUUUGGAAAAAAAUUAAAACCAACUGAGCACCUUGCAAGAGUCUUCAACUUAGAUAUCCAUACCAACGACUACAUUCUCAACUUCAACUUUCAAGCAGAAAUGGCCAACCUUUUCCAAAAAAGAGUCUCAUUGAUCCUCACUCCCUCUCGAUCAUCAAAAGUCUCAAAGAACAUUCAGAUACGGUCUUUGCCAUGCCCUCCAAGGUCAUCGUUUGCUUCCUCCUCACAAGUGGUACCUAAGUCGAAUGCAUCGGGUGGGCUGAAAGCUAUUGGACUUCUUGGACUUCUUGGACUGGUCGGAGUAGCUUUUGGCGUACCUGGUGAAUUAUCAAGACGAGAAAAAAGAAAAGUUACAAAUGAGGAGAAUCAGGUUGAGAGUAAGGAGGUCUUGGUAUCACAGACUGAAGAAAACACCUCAACUGAGGAAUCAGCCGAAUCUCCUUCAAGUCAACAAAGUGCUUUCAAUCCUGAAACGGGUGAGAUCAACUGGGAUUGCCCUUGUCUAGGUGGAAUGGCUCAUGGAGUCUGUGGAGAACAAUUCAAGUCUGCUUUUAGUUGUUUCGUGUACAGUGAGGCAGAACCGAAAGGUGUUGAAUGCAUAGAUAAAUUCAAAUUGAUGCAAGAAUGUUUCAAGGAGCAUCCUGAUGUAUACGGUGAAGACUUGAUUGGCCAGGAAGAAGAUCAACAGCAGAAUGAAGAUCAGGAGCCGGUUGAAGAGGACGAUUUUACCAGACCUCUUACUCCACCUACUAGUGAUGAUUCCAAAAAUUCAACAACCUCUGUUACCUCCUCGUCCGAGCCGGGCAGUGAUACCUCUGAUACCCCAUCACCUGCAACAGUCGAUCAAAGUCUCGAAGCCAAUGAAUCGAUUAAGACAUGA